GUGUCUGUGAUAAUUAUUAUAUUCUUUGAUCUGUGUUAUAACCUAAAAGUAAAACUAAAAUAAAAGUAACAUUUUGAAACAAAGUUUUUUAGUUAAAACUUGUAAUAUUGGAAAAUUUUGACUUAUUGAAUAAUUCUGAUUGAAUAUAAAAGAUGACCGACCUACCGGACUUUUCAACAAGUGGCAAGGCAGGGGAUUCUGAACUGCAGGAUUUCCUCUUGGUAGAAAAGCAAAAAGCACAAUUUCAUGCUCAAAUUCAUGAGUUCAAUGACUUCUGCUGGGACAAAUGUGUCGACAAACCUGGUGCAAAGCUAGAUUCUAGAACUGAAACCUGCAUUUCCAACUGUGUGGAGCGAUUCAUUGAUGUCUCUUUAUUAAUAACAAAUAGAUUUGCCCAAAUGCUAGAGAAGGGUGGUGGCAUGCAAUAAACCUACAACCAUAAUUAUAAAUUAGCCUUACAUACAGUAAGAUACAAUGUACUGAAAUUAUAUUUUGGAAUCAUUUAGUAAUUGUCUUGACAAUAACAACCAGUCUAUUUAUUCCACAAUUAAAGAUAAAGGAUGAAAAAUCAGUAUUCCAUCAUCUGGAUUUAUUCUUUUGUCUUCAGUAUGUGCAGAGUAUAAAAAUAUUCUGCAUAUAUAUUUUAGAUGCAAGUGCUAAGUGAACUAAUUUAAUCAAGUAUUAUUGACCCAAAAGAUGUAAUUUUGGGUAAUACCUAAAAUUAAAUACUUUUCAGUACUCUGUAACUAGGCUGUUUUAGUAGUUAUAGAAUUAAUUUUAUUUAGUUUUUAUUUUAAAUUAUCUGGUACUAUUGUUUUCUUUUCUUUUUUGAAAUUGUAAUAAAGAUUAACAUUUGUUAACUAUGUUACUAAUUGGUUAGAAAGUGUCAAAUAUAUUUAUAUAUUAUAAAUAUGUAUAACAUGCAUAUUAAUUGUAACCUUGUAAUGCUGCAUUUCUUGUUGUAUUUAGAAAGAAGAAAUAAAUGAAACAAAGUGUUCACAA